AUUUAUAAUAGUGUGAGAUAGGAUAUAUUAGAAAUGGAAAGGUGCCGUGUGUGCCUUUAGUUUAGAUUCUGGUGCCAGAAUUUUAAGACAGUCUUUUCUUUCAUUAGAUUCAUAUGGCGGCAACCCAAUCACAAGGUUCAGAUCGUACCACUGAAUUUAGCUUUGGUUGGUCAAUUAUUUAUACUGCCUCUGUUUGUAAGACUCUACUAAGUCACUGAGCAUACUGAUCAUGGAUGCAGAAGAGCAACCUGCAGAUCCAGAUAACAUGAAGGAGCAGGUACUUCCUCUUCCAGCUAAGAUUGAGAGCUCAGUUUCUCCUAAUUCCUCCCAGGGUGCUGCCACUUUAGGACAGACAAGAGAGACUGCUGCUCAAACAGGUUCCUUUUCAGGUGGAGACCGUUCUGUUUAUUCGCCUACUAUCUAUGCACCACAGGCACAGGGAUUCUACUAUAGAGGUUAUGAUAAUUUCAUUGGUGAAUGGGAUGAAUAUGCCCCAUAUGUCAAUGUCGAAGGAUUGGAACUUGGAUCUCCCGGGGUUUACAAUGACAAUCCUUCACUUGUCUUCCAUGCUGGAUAUAGCUACAGUCCGCAAAUGCCAUAUGGACCAUAUUCCCCUGUCACUACACCUUCUGUAGGUGGAGAUGCAAACAUGUAUUCACCCCAGCAGUUUCCAUUCUCUGGGCCACCUUAUUAUCAGCAGUUGGUUCCACCUAGUAUGCCGUAUAUUACUCCACCAACUCCAGCAUCACAACCAGAGAUUACCACUUUACUGAGUGCUGACCAACAAAAUGACAAUAUGCUAUAUGGACCACGUCCUGGUUAUCCUCCACCAGUGGGAUCUUUCAGUAGAGGCAGCAUACCUGGGAAUCCUGGUGUGCUUGGCUUUCAUGAUUUACAGCAGGGGUUUGACGGACUGAGAUCUGGAGGACUUUGGUCAGAUUGGUCAAAACCCUCUGAUAGACAACGGCCUCUGACACCAAUAUCACCUGCUGUAUCUCCACAACCAGUUGGCACAUUUGGGUCAUUUGGGCAGAAUGUUCCUAUGGCAUCCCAACAACAAAGAUCAGUCUAUGGGUUUGGAUCUGGUUUGAACUCCUACAAUAGAGGCUAUAUGCACAGUGGUUUUAACCAGGGCUCCAGUUUUGGUAGUGCAUCUAUUUCUACGCUGGGAAUGAGCAAUCGGGCCUGGGUUUCUGUUGACAAUAGCAAACGACGUGGGAGGGGUAAUGGCUCUCUUUGUGGUUGCAAUGGUAAUCUUGAUAUACUUAGUGAGCAAAACCGGGGACCAAGGGCCUCAAAGCCUAAGGGUCAAAUGACUGAAGAACAAGGAUCUUCUGUUGAUAAUAACAAAUUUAGCAAGGCUACUGUCAAGAUUCUUGAUGAGUCAUACAACAGGCCAGAUUUUGUCACUGACUACAAAGAUGCUAAAUUUUUCAUCAUCAAGUCAUAUAGUGAAGAUAAUGUUCACAAGAGCAUCAAGUACAGUGUCUGGGCCAGCACACCAAAUGGGAACAAAAAGUUAGAUUCUGCUUAUCAUGAAGCUAAAGAGAAGCAAGAGACAUGCCCAGUGUUUCUCUUCUUUUCGGUGAAUGCUAGUGCUCAGUUUUGUGGGGUGGCUGAAAUGGUUGGGCCUGUUGAUUUUGAAAAGAGUGUGGAUUACUGGCAGCAAGAUAAAUGGAGUGGACAGUUCCCAGUCAAGUGGCAUAUUAUUAAAGAUGUUCCAAACAGCCAAUUCCGUCACAUUGUACUUGAAAAUAAUGACAAUAAGCCUGUGACCAACAGUCGAGAUACUCAGGAGGUAAAAUUGGAGCAGGGAAUUGAGAUGUUGAACAUCUUCAAGAAUUAUGAAACCGAUAUGUCAAUCCUAGACGAUUUUGAUUUCUACGAAGAUCGUCAGAAAACCAUGCAAGAAAGGAAGUCAAGACAGCAAGCUAGCCUGAUGACUGUAGGAUUAGUUGGAGAAAAUGAUCAUAGAAAUGCUGUUACAUAUUCUACUGAUUUCAUCAAGCAGAUGUCUAAGAGCUUUGCUCAAGUUGUUCGCUUGGACGAGGGUAAUAAACAAGGCACUGGUACUGAAAGACCUACCUCUGCCUCUGAAGGUUCUUUGGGUGCCAGAGUUACACUAGAAGAUGCCCGCCCAGCUACUGUAUCUUCUGCUCAAAUUGGUUAGGAAAGAAAAUCUGUGGGGGGGAUUGAGUAUGUGACGAACUUCAAUUCUACUCUCUUUACUUUUUAAUUGUUUUGUGAAAGGUAGAUCCUUGAUGUCUUCGCGUUCAUUGGAGUGCUUUAGUAACUGAAUGAACGGUCUUGCAAGUUUUACAGGCUGACAAGCUUCUUGUAUAAUAUGUCCCCAAGUUCCGCUUCUUAAUUGUAGUCACUAGGGCCUGUCUCUUUCUUUACUUUUUGAAUGAGUGUAGUUGCAUAUAGAUAUUGGCUGACGUCUUGCAUUUGUAAAGUUCCAUAUCUUUUCAGGCAGUUUAAUAAUGGAAUACAGUAGAAGGCGUUAAUGCAAAACUUUUUCGUUA